AUGAUAAAAGAAGAGGGGGGGGGGGGGGGGGGGGGGGGGGGGGGGGGGGGGGGGGGGGGGGGGGGGGGGGGGGGGGGGGGGGGGGGGGGGGGGGGGGGGGGGGGGGGGGGGGGGGGGGGGGGGGGGGGGGGGGGGGGGGGGGGGGGGGGGGGGGGGGGGGGGGGGGGGGGGGGGGGGGGGGGGGGGGGGGGGGGGGGGGGGGGGGGGGGGGGGGGGGGGGGGGGGGGGGGGGGGGGGGGGGGGGGGGGGGGGGGGGGGGGGGGGGGGGGGGGGGGGGGGGGGGGGGGGGGGGGGGGGGGGGGGGGGGGGGGGGGGGGGGGGGGGGGGGGGGGGGGGGGGGGGGGGGGGGGGGGGGGGGGGGGGGGGGGGGGGGGGGGGGGGGGGGGGGGGGGGGGGGGGGGGGGGGGGGGGGGGGGGGGGGGGGGGGGGGGGGGGGGGGGGGGGGGGGGGGGGGGGGGGGGGGGGGGGGGGGGGGGGGGGGGGGGGGGGGGGGGGGGGGGGGGGGGGGGGGGGGGGGGGGGGGGGGGGGGGGGGGGGGGGGGGGGGGGGGGGGGGGGGGGGGGGGGGGGGGGGGGGGGGGGGGGGGGGGGGGGGGGGGGGGGGGGGGGGGGGGGGGGGGGGGGGGGGGGGGGGGGGGGGGGGGGGGGGGGGGGGGGGGGGGGGGGGGGGGGGGGGGGGGGGGGGGGGGGGGGGGGGGGGGGGGGGGGGGGGGGGGGGGGGGGGGGGGGGGGGGGGGGGGGGGGGGGGGGGGGGGGGGGGGGGGGGGGGGGGGGGGGGGGGGGGGGGGGGGGGGGGGGGGGGGGGGGGGGGGGGGGGGGGGGGGGGGGGGGGGGGGGGGGGGGGGGGGGGGGGGGGGGGGGGGGGGGGGGGGGGGGGGGGGGGGGGGGGGGGGGGGGGGGGGGGGGGGGGGGGGGGGGGGGGGGGGGGGGGGGGGGGGGGGGGGGGGGGGGGGGGGGGGGGGGGGGGGGGGGGGGGGGGGGGGGGGGGGGGGGGGGGGGGGGGGGGGGGGGGGGGGGGGGGGGGGGGGGGGGGGGGGGGGGGGGGGGGGGGGGGGGGGGGGGGGGGGGGGGGGGGGGGGGGGGGGGGGGGGGGGGGGGGGGGGGGGGGGGGGGGGGGGGGGGGGGGGGGGGGGGGGGGGGGGGGGGGGGGGGGGGGGGGGGGGGGGGGGGGGGGGGGGGGGGGGGGGGGGGGGGGGGGGGGGGGGGGGGGGGGGGGGGGGGGGGGGGGGGGGGGGGGGGGGGGGGGGGGGGGGGGGGGGGGGGGGGGGGGGGGGGGGGGGGGGGGGGGGGGGGGGGGGGGGGGGGGGGGGGGGGGGGGGGGGGGGGGGGGGGGGGGGGGGGGGGGGGGGGGGGGGGGGGGGGGGGGGGGGGGGGGGGGGGGGGGGGGGGGGGGGGGGGGGGGGGGGGGGGGGGGGGGGGGGGGGGGGGGGGGGGGGGGGGGGGGGGGGGGGGGGGGGGGGGGGGGGGGGGGGGGGGGGGGGGGGGGGGGGGGGGGGGGGGGGGGGGGGGGGGGGGGGGGGGGGGGGGGGGGGGGGGGGGGGGGGGGGGGGGGGGGGGGGGGGGGGGGGGGGGGGGGGGGGGGGGGGGGGGGGGGGGGGGGGGGGGGGGGGGGGGGGGGGGGGGGGGGGGGGGGGGGGGGGGGGGGGGGGGGGGGGGGGGGGGGGGGGGGGGGGGGGGGGGGGGGGGGGGGGGGGGGGGGGGGGGGGGGGGGGGGGGGGGGGGGGGGGGGGGGGGGGGGGGGGGGGGGGGGGGGGGGGGGGGGGGGGGGGGGGGGGGGGGGGGGGGGGGGGGGGGGGGGGGGGGGGGGGGGGGGGGGGGGGGGGGGGGGGGGGGGGGGGGGGGGGGGGGGGGGGGGGGGGGGGGGGGGGGGGGGGGGGGGGGGGGGGGGGGGGGGGGGGGGGGGGGGGGGGGGGGGGGGGGGGGGGGGGGGGGGGGGGGGGGGGGGGGGGGGGGGGGGGGGGGGGGGGGGGGGGGGGGGGGGGGGGGGGGGGGGGGGGGGGGGGGGGGGGGGGGGGGGGGGGGGGGGGGGGGGGGGGGGGGGGGGGGGGGGGGGGGGGGGGGGGGGGGGGGGGGGGGGGGGGGGGGGGGGGGGGGGGGGGGGGGGGGGGGGGGGGGGGGGGGGGGGGGGGGGGGGGGGGGGGGGGGGGGGGGGGGGGGGGGGGGGGGGGGGGGGGGGGGGGGGGGGGGGGGGGGGGGGGGGGGGGGGGGGGGGGGGGGGGGGGGGGGGGGGGGGGGGGGGGGGGGGGGGGGGGGGGGGGGGGGGGGGGGGGGGGGGGGGGGGGGGGGGGGGGGGGGGGGGGGGGGGGGGGGGGGGGGGGGGGGGGGGGGGGGGGGGGGGGGGGGGGGGGGGGGGGGGGGGGGGGGGGGGGGGGGGGGGGGGGGGGGGGGGGGGGGGGGGGGGGGGGGGGGGGGGGGGGGGGGGGGGGGGGGGGGGGGGGGGGGGGGGGGGGGGGGGGGGGGGGGGGGGGGGGGGGGGGGGGGGGGGGGGGGGGGGGGGGGGGGGGGGGGGGGGGGGGGGGGGGGGGGGGGGGGGGGGGGGGGGGGGGGGGGGGGGGGGGGGGGGGGGGGGGGGGGGGGGGGGGGGGGGGGGGGGGGGGGGGGGGGGGGGGGGGGGGGGGGGGGGGGGGGGGGGGGGGGGGGGGGGGGGGGGGGGGGGGGGGGGGGGGGGGGGGGGGGGGGGGGGGGGGGGGGGGGGGGGGGGGGGGGGGGGGGGGGGGGGGGGGGGGGGGGGGGGGGGGGGGGGGGGGGGGGGGGGGGGGGGGGGGGGGGGGGGGGGGGGGGGGGGGGGGGGGGGGGGGGGGGGGGGGGGGGGGGGGGGGGGGGGGGGGGGGGGGGGGGGGGGGGGGGGGGGGGGGGGGGGGGGGGGGGGGGGGGGGGGGGGGGGGGGGGGGGGGGGGGGGGGGGGGGGGGGGGGGGGGGGGGGGGGGGGGGGGGGGGGGGGGGGGGGGGGGGGGGGGGGGGGGGGGGGGGGGGGGGGGGGGGGGGGGGGGGGGGGGGGGGGGGGGGGGGGGGGGGGGGGGGGGGGGGGGGGGGGGGGGGGGGGGGGGGGGGGGGGGGGGGGGGGGGGGGGGGGGGGGGGGGGGGGGGGGGGGGGGGGGGGGGGGGGGGGGGGGGGGGGGGGGGGGGGGGGGGGGGGGGGGGGGGGGGGGGGGGGGGGGGGGGGGGGGGGGGGGGGGGGGGGGGGGGGGGGGGGGGGGGGGGGGGGGGGGGGGGGGGGGGGGGGGGGGGGGGGGGGGGGGGGGGGGGGGGGGGGGGGGGGGGGGGGGGGGGGGGGGGGGGGGGGGGGGGGGGGGGGGGGGGGGGGGGGGGGGGGGGGGGGGGGGGGGGGGGGGGGGGGGGGGGGGGGGGGGGGGGGGGGGGGGGGGGGGGGGGGGGGGGGGGGGGGGGGGGGGGGGGGGGGGGGGGGGGGGGGGGGGGGGGGGGGGGGGGGGGGGGGGGGGGGGGGGGGGGGGGGGGGGGGGGGGGGGGGGGGGGGGGGGGGGGGGGGGGGGGGGGGGGGGGGGGGGGGGGGGGGGGGGGGGGGGGGGGGGGGGGGGGGGGGGGGGGGGGGGGGGGGGGGGGGGGGGGGGGGGGGGGGGGGGGGGGGGGGGGGGGGGGGGGGGGGGGGGGGGGGGGGGGGGGGGGGGGGGGGGGGGGGGGGGGGGGGGGGGGGGGGGGGGGGGGGGGGGGGGGGGGGGGGGGGGGGGGGGGGGGGGGGGGGGGGGGGGGGGGGGGGGGGGGGGGGGGGGGGGGGGGGGGGGGGGGGGGGGGGGGGGGGGGGGGGGGGGGGGGGGGGGGGGGGGGGGGGGGGGGGGGGGGGGGGGGGGGGGGGGGGGGGGGGGGGGGGGGGGGGGGGGGGGGGGGGGGGGGGGGGGGGGGGGGGGGGGGGGGGGGGGGGGGGGGGGGGGGGGGGGGGGGGGGGGGGGGGGGGGGGGGGGGGGGGGGGGGGGGGGGGGGGGGGGGGGGGGGGGGGGGGGGGGGGGGGGGGGGGGGGGGGGGGGGGGGGGGGGGGGGGGGGGGGGGGGGGGGGGGGGGGGGGGGGGGGGGGGGGGGGGGGGGGGGGGGGGGGGGGGGGGGGGGGGGGGGGGGGGGGGGGGGGGGGGGGGGGGGGGGGGGGGGGGGGGGGGGGGGGGGGGGGGGGGGGGGGGGGGGGGGGGGGGGGGGGGGGGGGGGGGGGGGGGGGGGGGGGGGGGGGGGGGGGGGGGGGGGGGGGGGGGGGGGGGGGGGGGGGGGGGGGGGGGGGGGGGGGGGGGGGGGGGGGGGGGGGGGGGGGGGGGGGGGGGGGGGGGGGGGGGGGGGGGGGGGGGGGGGGGGGGGGGGGGGGGGGGGGGGGGGGGGGGGGGGGGGGGGGGGGGGGGGGGGGGGGGGGGGGGGGGGGGGGGGGGGGGGGGGGGGGGGGGGGGGGGGGGGGGGGGGGGGGGGGGGGGGGGGGGGGGGGGGGGGGGGGGGGGGGGGGGGGGGGGGGGGGGGGGGGGGGGGGGGGGGGGGGGGGGGGGGGGGGGGGGGGGGGGGGGGGGGGGGGGGGGGGGGGGGGGGGGGGGGGGGGGGGGGGGGGGGGGGGGGGGGGGGGGGGGGGGGGGGGGGGGGGGGGGGGGGGGGGGGGGGGGGGGGGGGGGGGGGGGGGGGGGGGGGGGGGGGGGGGGGGGGGGGGGGGGGGGGGGGGGGGGGGGGGGGGGGGGGGGGGGGGGGGGGGGGGGGGGGGGGGGGGGGGGGGGGGGGGGGGGGGGGGGGGGGGGGGGGGGGGGGGGGGGGGGGGGGGGGGGGGGGGGGGGGGGGGGGGGGGGGGGGGGGGGGGGGGGGGGGGGGGGGGGGGGGGGGGGGGGGGGGGGGGGGGGGGGGGGGGGGGGGGGGGGGGGGGGGGGGGGGGGGGGGGGGGGGGGGGGGGGGGGGGGGGGGGGGGGGGGGGGGGGGGGGGGGGGGGGGGGGGGGGGGGGGGGGGGGGGGGGGGGGGGGGGGGGGGGGGGGGGGGGGGGGGGGGGGGGGGGGGGGGGGGGGGGGGGGGGGGGGGGGGGGGGGGGGGGGGGGGGGGGGGGGGGGGGGGGGGGGGGGGGGGGGGGGGGGGGGGGGGGGGGGGGGGGGGGGGGGGGGGGGGGGGGGGGGGGGGGGGGGGGGGGGGGGGGGGGGGGGGGGGGGGGGGGGGGGGGGGGGGGGGGGGGGGGGGGGGGGGGGGGGGGGGGGGGGGGGGGGGGGGGGGGGGGGGGGGGGGGGGGGGGGGGGGGGGGGGGGGGGGGGGGGGGGGGGGGGGGGGGGGGGGGGGGGGGGGGGGGGGGGGGGGGGGGGGGGGGGGGGGGGGGGGGGGGGGGGGGGGGGGGGGGGGGGGGGGGGGGGGGGGGGGGGGGGGGGGGGGGGGGGGGGGGGGGGGGGGGGGGGGGGGGGGGGGGGGGGGGGGGGGGGGGGGGGGGGGGGGGGGGGGGGGGGGGGGGGGGGGGGGGGGGGGGGGGGGGGGGGGGGGGGGGGGGGGGGGGGGGGGGGGGGGGGGGGGGGGGGGGGGGGGGGGGGGGGGGGGGGGGGGGGGGGGGGGGGGGGGGGGGGGGGGGGGGGGGGGGGGGGGGGGGGGGGGGGGGGGGGGGGGGGGGGGGGGGGGGGGGGGGGGGGGGGGGGGGGGGGGGGGGGGGGGGGGGGGGGGGGGGGGGGGGGGGGGGGGGGGGGGGGGGGGGGGGGGGGGGGGGGGGGGGGGGGGGGGGGGGGGGGGGGGGGGGGGGGGGGGGGGGGGGGGGGGGGGGGGGGGGGGGGGGGGGGGGGGGGGGGGGGGGGGGGGGGGGGGGGGGGGGGGGGGGGGGGGGGGGGGGGGGGGGGGGGGGGGGGGGGGGGGGGGGGGGGGGGGGGGGGGGGGGGGGGGGGGGGGGGGGGGGGGGGGGGGGGGGGGGGGGGGGGGGGGGGGGGGGGGGGGGGGGGGGGGGGGGGGGGGGGGGGGGGGGGGGGGGGGGGGGGGGGGGGGGGGGGGGGGGGGGGGGGGGGGGGGGGGGGGGGGGGGGGGGGGGGGGGGGGGGGGGGGGGGGGGGGGGGGGGGGGGGGGGGGGGGGGGGGGGGGGGGGGGGGGGGGGGGGGGGGGGGGGGGGGGGGGGGGGGGGGGGGGGGGGGGGGGGGGGGGGGGGGGGGGGGGGGGGGGGGGGGGGGGGGGGGGGGGGGGGGGGGGGGGGGGGGGGGGGGGGGGGGGGGGGGGGGGGGGGGGGGGGGGGGGGGGGGGGGGGGGGGGGGGGGUGGGGGGGGGGGGGGGGGGGGGGGGGGGGGGGGGGGGGGGGGGGGGGGGGGGGGGGGGGGGGGGGGGGGGGGGGGGGGGGGGGGGGGGGGGGGGGGGGGGGGGGGGGGGGGGGGGGGGGGGGGGGGGGGGGGGGGGGGGGGGGGGGGGGGGGGGGGGGGGGGGGGGGGGGGGGGGGGGGGGGGGGGGGGGGGGGGGGGGGGGGGGGGGGGGGGGGGGGGGGGGGGGGGGGGGGGGGGGGGGGGGGGGGGGGGGGGGGGGGGGGGGGGGGGGGGGGGGGGGGGGGGGGGGGGGGGGGGGGGGGGGGGGGGGGGGGGGGGGGGGGGGGGGGGGGGGGGGGGGGGGGGGGGGGGGGGGGGGGGGGGGGGGGGGGGGGGGGGGGGGGGGGGGGGGGGGGGGGGGGGGGGGGGGGGGGGGGGGGGGGGGGGGGGGGGGGGGGGGGGGGGGGGGGGGGGGGGGGGGGGGGGGGGGGGGGGGGGGGGGGGGGGGGGGGGGGGGGGGGGGGGGGGGGGGGGGGGGGGGGGGGGGGGGGGGGGGGGGGGGGGGGGGGGGGGGGGGGGGGGGGGGGGGGGGGGGGGGGGGGGGGGGGGGGGGGGGGGGGGGGGGGGGGGGGGGGGGGGGGGGGGGGGGGGGGGGGGGGGGGGGGGGGGGGGGGGGGGGGGGGGGGGGGGGGGGGGGGGGGGGGGGGGGGGGGGGGGGGGGGGGGGGGGGGGGGGGGGGGGGGGGGGGGGGGGGGGGGGGGGGGGGGGGGGGGGGGGGGGGGGGGGGGGGGGGGGGGGGGGGGGGGGGGGGGGGGGGGGGGGGGGGGGGGGGGGGGGGGGGGGGGGGGGGGGGGGGGGGGGGGGGGGGGGGGGGGGGGGGGGGGGGGGGGGGGGGGGGGGGGGGGGGGGGGGGGGGGGGGGGGGGGGGGGGGGGGGGGGGGGGGGGGGGGGGGGGGGGGGGGGGGGGGGGGGGGGGGGGGGGGGGGGGGGGGGGGGGGGGGGGGGGGGGGGGGGGGGGGGGGGGGGGGGGGGGGGGGGGGGGGGGGGGGGGGGGGGGGGGGGGGGGGGGUGGGGGGGGGGGGGGGGGGGGGGGGGGGGGGGGGGGGGGGGGGGGGGGGGGGGGGGGGGGGGGGGGGGGGGGGGGGGGGGGGGGGGGGGGGGGGGGGGGGGGGGGGGGGGGGGGGGGGGGGGGGGGGGGGGGGGGGGGGGGGGGGGGGGUGGGGGGGGGGGGGGGGGGGGGGGGGGGGGGGGGGGGGGGGGGGGGGGGGGGGGGGGGGGGGGGGGGGGGGGGGGGGGGGGGGGGGGGGGGGGGGGGGGGGGGGGGGGGGGGGGGGGGGGGGGGGGGGGGGGGGGGGGGGGGGGGGGGGGGGGGGGGGGGGGGGGGGGGGGGGGGGGGGGGGGGGGGGGGGGGGGGGGGGGGGGGGGGGGGGGGGGGGGGGGGGGGGGGGGGGGGGGGGGGGGGGGGGGGGGGGGGGGGGGGGGGGGGGGGGGGGGGGGGGGGGGGGGGGGGGGGGGGGGGGGGGGGGGGGGGGGGGGGGGGGGGGGGGGGGGGGGGGGGGGGGGGGGGGGGGGGGGGGGGGGGGGGGGGGGGGGGGGGGGGGGGGGGGGGGGGGGGGGGGGGGGGGGGGGGGGGGGGGGGGGGGGGGGGGGGGGGGGGGGGGGGGGGGGGGGGGGGGGGGGGGGGGGGGGGGGGGGGGGGGGGGGGGGGGGGGGGGGGGGGGGGGGGGGGGGGGGGGGGGGGGGGGGGGGGGGGGGGGGGGGGGGGGGGGGGGGGGGGGGGGGGGGGGGGGGGGGGGGGGGGGGGGGGGGGGGGGGGGGGGGGGGGGGGGGGGGGGGGGGGGGGGGGGGGGGGGGGGGGGGGGGGGGGGGGGGGGGGGGGGGGGGGGGGGGGGGGGGGGGGGGGGGGGGGGGGGGGGGGGGGGGGGGGGGGGGGGGGGGGGGGGGGGGGGGGGGGGGGGGGGGGGGGGGGGGGGGGGGGGGGGGGGGGGGGGGGGGGGGGGGGGGGGGGGGGGGGGGGGGGGGGGGGGGGGGGGGGGGGGGGGGGGGGGGGGGGGGGGGGGGGGGGGGGGGGGGGGGGGGGGGGGGGGGGGGGGGGGGGGGGGGGGGGGGGGGGGGGGGGGGGGGGGGGGGGGGGGGGGGGGGGGGGGGGGGGGGGGGGGGGGGGGGGGGGGGGGGGGGGGGGGGGGGGGGGGGGGGGGGGGGGGGGGGGGGGGGGGGGGGGGGGGGGGGGGGGGGGGGGGGGGGGGGGGGGGGGGGGGGGGGGGGGGGGGGGGGGGGGGGGGGGGGGGGGGGGGGGGGGGGGGGGGGGGGGGGGGGGGGGGGGGGGGGGGGGGGGGGGGGGGGGGGGGGGGGGGGGGGGGGGGGGGGGGGGGGGGGGGGGGGGGGGGGGGGGGGGGGGGGGGGGGGGGGGGGGGGGGGGGGGGGGGGGGGGGGGGGGGGGGGGGGGGGGGGGGGGGGGGGGGGGGGGGGGGGGGGGGGGGGGGGGGGGGGGGGGGGGGGGGGGGGGGGGGGGGGGGGGGGGGGGGGGGGGGGGGGGGGGGGGGGGGGGGGGGGGGGGGGGGGGGGGGGGGGGGGGGGGGGGGGGGGGGGGGGGGGGGGGGGGGGGGGGGGGGGGGGGGGGGGGGGGGGGGGGGGGGGGGGGGGGGGGGGGGGGGGGGGGGGGGGGGGGGGGGGGGGGGGGGGGGGGGGGGGGGGGGGGGGGGGGGGGGGGGGGGGGGGGGGGGGGGGGGGGGGGGGGGGGGGGGGGGGGGGGGGGGGGGGGGGGGGGGGGGGGGGGGGGGGGGGGGGGGGGGGGGGGGGGGGGGGGGGGGGGGGGGGGGGGGGGGGGGGGGGGGGGGGGGGGGGGGGGGGGGGGGGGGGGGGGGGGGGGGGGGGGGGGGGGGGGGGGGGGGGGGGGGGGGGGGGGGGGGGGGGGGGGGGGGGGGGGGGGGGGGGGGGGGGGGGGGGGGGGGGGGGGGGGGGGGGGGGGGGGGGGGGGGGGGGGGGGGGGGGGGGGGGGGGGGGGGGGGGGGGGGGGGGGGGGGGGGGGGGGGGGGGGGGGGGGGGGGGGGGGGGGGGGGGGGGGGGGGGGGGGGGGGGGGGGGGGGGGGGGGGGGGGGGGGGGGGGGGGGGGGGGGGGGGGGGGGGGGGGGGGGGGGGGGGGGGGGGGGGGGGGGGGGGGGGGGGGGGGGGGGGGGGGGGGGGGGGGGGGGGGGGGGGGGGGGGGGGGGGGGGGGGGGGGGGGGGGGGGGGGGGGGGGGGGGGGGGGGGGGGGGGGGGGGGGGGGGGGGGGGGGGGGGGGGGGGGGGGGGGGGGGGGGGGGGGGGGGGGGGGGGGGGGGGGGGGGGGGGGGGGGGGGGGGGGGGGGGGGGGGGGGGGGGGGGGGGGGGGGGGGGGGGGGGGGGGGGGGGGGGGGGGGGGGGGGGGGGGGGGGGGGGGGGGGGGGGGGGGGGGGGGGGGGGGGGGGGGGGGGGGGGGGGGGGGGGGGGGGGGGGGGGGGGGGGGGGGGGGGGGGGGGGGGGGGGGGGGGGGGGGGGGGGGGGGGGGGGGGGGGGGGGGGGGGGGGGGGGGGGGGGGGGGGGGGGGGGGGGGGGGGGGGGGGGGGGGGGGGGGGGGGGGGGGGGGGGGGGGGGGGGGGGGGGGGGGGGGGGGGGGGGGGGGGGGGGGGGGGGGGGGGGGGGGGGGGGGGGGGGGGGGGGGGGGGGGGGGGGGGGGGGGGGGGGGGGGGGGGGGGGGGGGGGGGGGGGGGGGGGGGGGGGGGGGGGGGGGGGGGGGGGGGGGGGGGGGGGGGGGGGGGGGGGGGGGGGGGGGGGGGGGGGGGGGGGGGGGGGGGGGGGGGGGGGGGGGGGGGGGGGGGGGGGGGGGGGGGGGGGGGGGGGGGGGGGGGGGGGGGGGGGGGGGGGGGGGGGGGGGGGGGGGGGGGGGGGGGGGGGGGGGGGGGGGGGGUAGGGGGGGGGGGGGGGGGGGGGGGGGGGGGGGGGGGGGGGGGGGGGGGGGGGGGGGGGGGGGGGGGGGGGGGGGGGGGGGGGGGGGGGGGGGGGGGGGGGGGGGGGGGGGGGGGGGGGGGGGGGGGGGGGGGGGGGGGGGGGGGGGGGGGGGGGGGGGGGGGGGGGGGGGGGGGGGGGGGGGGGGGGGGGGGGGGGGGGGGGGGGGGGGGGGGGGGGGGGGGGGGGGGGGGGGGGGGGGGGGGGGGGGGGGGGGGGGGGGGGGGGGGGGGGGGGGGGGGGGGGGGGGGGGGGGGGGGGGGGGGGGGGGGGGGGGGGGGGGGGGGGGGGGGGGGGGGGGGGGGGGGGGGGGGGGGGGGGGGGGGGGGGGGGGGGGGGGGGGGGGGGGGGGGGGGGGGGGGGGGGGGGGGGGGGGGGGGGGGGGGGGGGGGGGGGGGGGGGGGGGGGGGGGGGGGGGGGGGGGGGGGGGGGGGGGGGGGGGGGGGGGGGGGGGGGGGGGGGGGGGGGGGGGGGGGGGGGGGGGGGGGGGGGGGGGGGGGGGGGGGGGGGGGGGGGGGGGGGGGGGGGGGGGGGGGGGGGGGGGGGGGGGGGGGGGGGGGGGGGGGGGGGGGGGGGGGGGGGGGGGGGGGGGGGGGGGGGGGGGGGGGGGGGGGGGGGGGGGGGGGGGGGGGGGGGGGGGGGGGGGGGGGGGGGGGGGGGGGGGGGGGGGGGGGGGGGGGGGGGGGGGGGGGGGGGGGGGGGGGGGGGGGGGGGGGGGGGGGGGGGGGGGGGGGGGGGGGGGGGGGGGGGGGGGGGGGGGGGGGGGGGGGGGGGGGGGGGGGGGGGGGGGGGGGGGGGGGGGGGGGGGGGGGGGGGGGGGGGGGGGGGGGGGGGGGGGGGGGGGGGGGGGGGGGGGGGGGGGGGGGGGGGGGGGGGGGGGGGGGGGGGGGGGGGGGGGGGGGGGGGGGGGGGGGGGGGGGGGGGGGGGGGGGGGGGGGGGGGGGGGGGGGGGGGGGGGGGGGGGGGGGGGGGGGGGGGGGGGGGGGGGGGGGGGGGGGGGGGGGGGGGGGGGGGGGGGGGGGGGGGGGGGGGGGGGGGGGGGGGGGGGGGGGGGGGGGGGGGGGGGGGGGGGGGGGGGGGGGGGGGGGGGGGGGGGGGGGGGGGGGGGGGGGGGGGGGGGGGGGGGGGGGGGGGGGGGGGGGGGGGGGGGGGGGGGGGGGGGGGGGGGGGGGGGGGGGGGGGGGGGGGGGGGGGGGGGGGGGGGGGGGGGGGGGGGGGGGGGGGGGGGGGGGGGGGGGGGGGGGGGGGGGGGGGGGGGGGGGGGGGGGGGGGGGGGGGGGGGGGGGGGGGGGGGGGGGGGGGGGGGGGGGGGGGGGGGGGGGGGGGGGGGGGGGGGGGGGGGGGGGGGGGGGGGGGGGGGGGGGGGGGGGGGGGGGGGGGGGGGGGGGGGGGGGGGGGGGGGGGGGGGGGGGGGGGGGGGGGGGGGGGGGGGGGGGGGGGGGGGGGGGGGGGGGGGGGGGGGGGGGGGGGGGGGGGGGGGGGGGGGGGGGGGGGGGGGGGGGGGGGGGGGGGGGGGGGGGGGGGGGGGGGGGGGGGGGGGGGGGGGGGGGGGGGGGGGGGGGGGGGGGGGGGGGGGGGGGGGGGGGGGGGGGGGGGGGGGGGGGGGGGGGGGGGGGGGGGGGGGGGGGGGGGGGGGGGGGGGGGGGGGGGGGGGGGGGGGGGGGGGGGGGGGGGGGGGGGGGGGGGGGGGGGGGGGGGGGGGGGGGGGGGGGGGGGGGGGGGGGGGGGGGGGGGGGGGGGGGGGGGGGGGGGGGGGGGGGGGGGGGGGGGGGGGGGGGGGGGGGGGGGGGGGGGGGGGGGGGGGGGGGGGGGGGGGGGGGGGGGGGGGGGGGGGGGGGGGGGGGGGGGGGGGGGGGGGGGGGGGGGGGGGGGGGGGGGGGGGGGGGGGGGGGGGGGGGGGGGGGGGGGGGGGGGGGGGGGGGGGGGGGGGGGGGGGGGGGGGGGGGGGGGGGGGGGGGGGGGGGGGGGGGGGGGGGGGGGGGGGGGGGGGGGGGGGGGGGGGGGGGGGGGGGGGGGGGGGGGGGGGGGGGGGGGGGGGGGGGGGGGGGGGGGGGGGGGGGGGGGGGGGGGGGGGGGGGGGGGGGGGGGGGGGGGGGGGGGGGGGGGGGGGGGGGGGGGGGGGGGGGGGGGGGGGGGGGGGGGGGGGGGGGGGGGGGGGGGGGGGGGGGGGGGGGGGGGGGGGGGGGGGGGGGGGGGGGGGGGGGGGGGGGGGGGGGGGGGGGGGGGGGGGGGGGGGGGGGGGGGGGGGGGGGGGGGGGGGGGGGGGGGGGGGGGGGGGGGGGGGGGGGGGGGGGGGGGGGGGGGGGGGGGGGGGGGGGGGGGGGGGGGGGGGGGGGGGGGGGGGGGGGGGGGGGGGGGGGGGGGGGGGGGGGGGGGGGGGGGGGGGGGGGGGGGGGGGGGGGGGGGGGGGGGGGGGGGGGGGGGGGGGGGGGGGGGGGGGGGGGGGGGGGGGGGGGGGGGGGGGGGGGGGGGGGGGGGGGGGGGGGGGGGGGGGGGGGGGGGGGGGGGGGGGGGGGGGGGGGGGGGGGGGGGGGGGGGGGGGGGGGGGGGGGGGGGGGGGGGGGGGGGGGGGGGGGGGGGGGGGGGGGGGGGGGGGGGGGGGGGGGGGGGGGGGGGGGGGGGGGGGGGGGGGGGGGGGGGGGGGGGGGGGGGGGGGGGGGGGGGGGGGGGGGGGGGGGGGGGGGGGGGGGGGGGGGGGGGGGGGGGGGGGGGGGGGGGGGGGGGGGGGGGGGGGGGGGGGGGGGGGGGGGGGGGGGGGGGGGGGGGGGGGGGGGGGGGGGGGGGGGGGGGGGGGGGGGGGGGGGGGGGGGGGGGGGGGGGGGGGGGGGGGGGGGGGGGGGGGGGGGGGGGGGGGGGGGGGGGGGGGGGGGGGGGGGGGGGGGGGGGGGGGGGGGGGGGGGGGGGGGGGGGGGGGGGGGGGGGGGGGGGGGGGGGGGGGGGGGGGGGGGGGGGGGGGGGGGGGGGGGGGGGGGGGGGGGGGGGGGGGGGGGGGGGGGGGGGGGGGGGGGGGGGGGGGGGGGGGGGGGGGGGGGGGGGGGGGGGGGGGGGGGGGGGGGGGGGGGGGGGGGGGGGGGGGGGGGGGGGGGGGGGGGGGGGGGGGGGGGGGGGGGGGGGGGGGGGGGGGGGGGGGGGGGGGGGGGGGGGGGGGGGGGGGGGGGGGGGGGGGGGGGGGGGGGGGGGGGGGGGGGGGGGGGGGGGGGGGGGGGGGGGGGGGGGGGGGGGGGGGGGGGGGGGGGGGGGGGGGGGGGGGGGGGGGGGGGGGGGGGGGGGGGGGGGGGGGGGGGGGGGGGGGGGGGGGGGGGGGGGGGGGGGGGGGGGGGGGGGGGGGGGGGGGGGGGGGGGGGGGGGGGGGGGGGGGGGGGGGGGGGGGGGGGGGGGGGGGGGGGGGGGGGGGGGGGGGGGGGGGGGGGGGGGGGGGGGGGGGGGGGGGGGGGGGGGGGGGGGGGGGGGGGGGGGGGGGGGGGGGGGGGGGGGGGGGGGGGGGGGGGGGGGGGGGGGGGGGGGGGGGGGGGGGGGGGGGGGGGGGGGGGGGGGGGGGGGGGGGGGGGGGGGGGGGGGGGGGGGGGGGGGGGGGGGGGGGGGGGGGGGGGGGGGGGGGGGGGGGGGGGGGGGGGGGGGGGGGGGGGGGGGGGGGGGGGGGGGGGGGGGGGGGGGGGGGGGGGGGGGGGGGGGGGGGGGGGGGGGGGGGGGGGGGGGGGGGGGGGGGGGGGGGGGGGGGGGGGGGGGGGGGGGGGGGGGGGGGGGGGGGGGGGGGGGGGGGGGGGGGGGGGGGGGGGGGGGGGGGGGGGGGGGGGGGGGGGGGGGGGGGGGGGGGGGGGGGGGGGGGGGGGGGGGGGGGGGGGGGGGGGGGGGGGGGGGGGGGGGGGGGGGGGGGGGGGGGGGGGGGGGGGGGGGGGGGGGGGGGGGGGGGGGGGGGGGGGGGGGGGGGGGGGGGGGGGGGGGGGGGGGGGGGGGGGGGGGGGGGGGGGGGGGGGGGGGGGGGGGGGGGGGGGGGGGGGGGGGGGGGGGGGGGGGGGGGGGGGGGGGGGGGGGGGGGGGGGGGGGGGGGGGGGGGGGGGGGGGGGGGGGGGGGGGGGGGGGGGGGGGGGGGGGGGGGGGGGGGGGGGGGGGGGGGGGGGGGGGGGGGGGGGGGGGGGGGGGGGGGGGGGGGGGGGGGGGGGGGGGGGGGGGGGGGGGGGGGGGGGGGGGGGGGGGGGGGGGGGGGGGGGGGGGGGGGGGGGGGGGGGGGGGGGGGGGGGGGGGGGGGGGGGGGGGGGGGGGGGGGGGGGGGGGGGGGGGGGGGGGGGGGGGGGGGGGGGGGGGGGGGGGGGGGGGGGGGGGGGGGGGGGGGGGGGGGGGGGGGGGGGGGGGGGGGGGGGGGGGGGGGGGGGGGGGGGGGGGGGGGGGGGGGGGGGGGGGGGGGGGGGGGGGGGGGGGGGGGGGGGGGGGGGGGGGGGGGGGGGGGGGGGGGGGGGGGGGGGGGGGGGGGGGGGGGGGGGGGGGGGGGGGGGAGGGAGGACUAUGAUAGCCCCAUAGCCCUCAUUUAG